GGCGCGGCCGGGGCGGGAGCGGCCCCGGAUGGAGGCCGCCGCCAUUUAGACCAGCCCGCAGCGCCAGGCGCCGGGCCGGUGAGGUGCGUGUGUGCCGGGUGGUUGUUACCGCCGCCGUCGUCCUCAUCAUGAGGCGCCUGUCGCAGCUGCUGUUGGUGGCUCUGCUCGUCUUCCCCGCCGCCCUGCUGCUCGGGGGCGCCCGCGGAGGCCCAGGUUCAGGUUUAUUAGUUGCAGCUCAAGAUGCUACAGAAGAUGAGGAAGCUGUGGAAGAUACUGUAGUUGAAGAUGAAGAUGAUGAAGCUGAAGUUGAAGAAGAUGAGCCAACAGACUUGACAGAAGAAAAAGAGGAAGAAGACUUGUCAGGAGAACCUAAAGCCUCACCUAGUGCUGAUACAACCAUUUUAUUUGUGAAAGGUGAAGACUUCCCAGCAAACAACAUUGUAAAAUUCCUGGUGGGUUUCACCAAUAAGGGUACAGAGGAUUUCAUUGUCGAGUCUCUCGAUGCUUCUUUCCGGUAUCCUCAAGACUACCAGUUUUAUAUCCAGAACUUCACAGCUCUCCCUCUGAAUACAGUAGUUCCACCACAGAGACAAGCCACAUUCGAGUACUCUUUCAUCCCUGCUGAGCCUAUGGGUGGUCGUCCUUUUGGACUAGUUAUCAAUCUCAACUACAGAGAUGUAAAUGGCAAUGUGUUUCAAGAUGCUGUCUUCAAUCAAACUGUUACAAUUAUUGAAAAAGAAGAUGGGCUGGAUGGAGAAACGAUCUUCAUGUACAUGUUCCUUGCUGGACUUGGUCUGCUCGUCAUUGUUGGCCUACAUCAGCUACUAGAAUCUAGGAAGAGGAAAAGACCAGUACAGAAAGUAGAGAUGGGAACAUCAAAUCAGAAUGAUGUUGAUAUGAGCUGGAUUCCCCAAGAAACUUUAAAUCAAAUAAUGCAGAGUAGAAGAGAUAAAGCUUCACCAAGGAGGUUGCCCUACAAGAGGGCACAGAAGAGAUCAGUGGGCUCUGAUGAGUAAAUGUUAACUAGUACAACAGUUGAACCUUUACUAAUCCUGCCUGUUUGGUUUUUUUGGAUUGGAGUAGUGCAGAGAAUCCAUAUCACCAUAAGGAAAAUACUGCUAAACAUUUGGACUGAACAGAUUAACUGAAUGGUGUUAAUAUUACUGAAAAUGCACUUCUCUUUUUUUGUUAAUUGUUGGGGGGUGGGAGGGAGGUAGCCAUUAAGAUUUGUGCCUGCGUGUGUAAGCAGUUGGUCUUAACAGAACCAUCUUACCUGAAAUGUGCCUUUAGAGUUCUUUGUAAUGCUGGCUUGUCAUCUGUACACUGUCUUUGAAGGAUUUUUCUCCUCCCCAUAAUCUGAAUGUCUAGUGACUUAAUCUGUCUUGAUUGUGUCAUGUCUGUAUUGGAAUCUGUAUGCAUUUUUCUUUUUCAGUAAGUAACUUCAUUCUCUACAGUGUGCACACACUGAAGUUUGUGUGCGUGGUCCUAUUUCAGUGGCAAGGCACUGAUCAUCUAGAUUUCUGCAUAGUUUGCAUUCUAAAGGCACAAUUGGGUAUAGCUGCUUGUAGUGGUAGAUAUUUUACUGCUGUUUUGAUCUGGGCAUGCAGUGACCUAAAAAUCUGAAUUUACCUGCAUAGAUGUUAGGAAGACUCUUACACAGCAGCAGAACUUGUGAAGCAUGGAAUUUGUGUGCUGAAUUGGUAUUACUACAUAAAUUUUUUUUAUACCCAACUUGUUAAAUGGUUAGUUAUUGAGUUGUGCCAGCAGCUUAGGUAUUCUGAUUAUAGUGGUAGCUCUGCAAUGUUUACUCAAGAAAUUAUUGAAUAACCCAGAACAACUUUUCAGUAAGUUCUUGGUUCUCUCACAAAAACUAGAAUGUCAUAUGUAUCAAAAUGUGGACUUUUCUUAAAGUGUUACAUGGGGCAAGGACUUUACAUUUACUGUACGCAGUUGAAACUGAAUUUGAAAAACUGUUGGUUUCAAAUAAUCUUUCUAAAUGGCAAACUAUUUAAUUCACCCUUUGCAGUUUUUAAAUCUCAAACUUCUUUCCACUGUUCAGUACAUUGGUCUGAGUUUCUUUUUUUUUUUUAAAUUACUUUGUCUUUCCUACUAGUAACACAGAUGCAUAUCCAUUAUUCACUGCAUGUUAGUUUCAGUACUAAAGCAGAAAAGCUAUAUACAAUCAAAAUGUGAUUUUUCUUUUGUGGCAGGCACAGCUUACAUGAUUACCAGGUACUUGAGACAUUGAUCCACAUCCAUUGCAUUCAGGGAUUUAACUGACAGUAAAAAGAGCAGAUAAUGCAGAGUGUCAGUUUGCUGCCAUUCAGGCACUUGGACAAGGCUUGAAUUGUUUGCAUCUCAGCUGCAUCUCCUCCUGUGUCUGAAGGUUAUCUGGAAGCUUGUUGAGUUCAGGAAGAGGCAUUGAUUUGAGACCUCUGGUUUUGUUUCCUCCCCUCCUGAUCCCCAUGUGUCAAAGUGCUCUUUAGAUCUAAACUUGCUCUGUGGGGACUGAGCUUCUGAUCCAAUGAAUGCUGAGCAAUACUUGCAAAUGAUGUCAUAGCAUGUUUGAAGCAUCUAAGCUCUGAAACUACCUGUACUGGCACUAUUCUACUAUACACUUUGCCAGAAUGAACUGUGAAGAUGUUUGUGACUCAUCUUGCUAUAGAAAAGAUAAGAAUAGGAAAAGCAACCCCAAAGAUGCUUUGUUCAACUUCCUGAUAAUAUGAUAUAUUUUUCUAUAUUAUAUAUUCUGUAUUUCCCAGGCAGAAUAAUUUUAAUAGUUAAGAUGGCUGAAUCAUCAUACAGAUCACUCAGCAAACCAUUGAAUGCUAUGUUCAUAAGAGGUAUCUCCACUCAAAUUGUGUGGAACAACAUUGUUUGCCUUCAGUGAUAUAAUCUGACUGGUUCUGUGGUAGGUUCAUGGGCUUACAUUCAAGCUUGCAUUGAUUCAACAAAGUGUUUAUGUGUUAAAUGCUUUGUAUACUAAAGCCCUGUAGCUAUUGCACAGCACCUGAUGUACUGAACUUUUAAGUUCCCUCUCUUGGAUUAUGUCUCUCACCUGAAAUCAAGAGAUUUUUUAUUUUUUUACCUUCUGGUAAUAGGUAAUCUUAAACUGUAUACUCUAAUUCUUUCCAAGGUAGAAAGGUACUCUUUUGAGGGGGUGAUAAGAACUGCUCUGGAUACAGUGGUACUCCAGGGAAAAAAGACAACGGAUCAGAACAGAAGAUAAUAAUUUGUAAUAUCCUAGUUUUAUUUGUUCAGAUAAAUAGUUUAGUCCUUACUGGUUUGAGUUCUGGAGCAAGUUGGGCCUUUAGAAAUCUUACACAGGCUAGGACUUAAGAGAAGUGAAGGACUGAAGCACUGUACAAAUAAGGAAUAAGUAUUUGAAGGUUUCUGCUUUCUCCUCUGCACUCAGUGGUUAACAUCCAAAUGCUUAAGUUCUAAGCAUGAAAAAAGAGAGGAGACAGUUUAGCAACUUGCAUGGGAACUGGCAAUGGGAAAGUCUGGUUGUACCAAGACUGUCUUUCUGAUCCUACAACUUGGCAUUCACUGUGGCUGGUUCAUAGUAACUUUCUCAGCCAGAAGCAGUUCAUAAGAAUGGUGGCCAGCAGUCCACUGCUGCUCAUGAUAAAUGAAGUAACAGUUCUGAAUUUCGUGUUUGUUGUUAGUUUGCUGUAGUUGAAAGUCAGCAAUGACAUUCUAGUGUGUAGUGGUAAUUGAACUUUGGCAUCUCUUACAUUAUUUCUAGUGAAUAAGCCAGUUAACUACAGAUUUCUUCAAAUGGGAGAACAUAGUUUUUUGCUUUAUCCUCUUGGUUAGCUUUUAUUUUGGUACUUGAAUUUUCCACUCAGUUUUUAAACACAUACAGAUAGCUUAGUGUCACAGGUACAUAAACUGGAUAUCAUUAUUGUUAUCAUUUGAGUAGAGUGUAGCUUCAUUGACUUGAAGAUGGAACAAGUAGCCAUUCUGCUGGUCUCUAUGCCACCCCUUUCCAUGUGGUAGCACAAGCAUUUGUAUCAUCUAGCAUUCUUACUAGCUUAGUUUUCAGCAAGCUUACUGUGCUACCACACAACUGCUCAUGUGAGGUUGCGAGAAGCAAGGGCUGUGAAAGAUGUGGACUAGGGUUUCUUCCUUGUUAGUAAGAGAUGCUAAAAUGGUUUUAGACUGCAAAUAACCUAUGGCUUUAGUGUGAGGACUACUGUUAAUUCCUUUCUCACAGCUCCUUAAGUAAUUUAAAAAAUGGUGAAGUCUUAAUGAGGCUCUACUUGGGGUAAGAAAAACUUUGGAAUUCAUGUUUACAGUGGUAGCAAAGCAUUAAUUUAGCUAUACUUGAACUGCAUUUGAUAGUUGUAGCCCUCUCUAUGCUGUCUGCUUUGUGACAGCAGUUCAUUUUUUCCCUAGUAUCAAUCUGAGAAAGAAGAGUGGCUGCUGUCAGACUAAAGGGUGAAGCAUCAUCUUUAUUCUUCAUGUACAAAAUAAUUAAAUUGUAGGCCAUGGAGAUGAAUGGAGCAGACUAGUCAUGGCAGUGCUUCUGCUUGUUUCAAAACAAGUUACGCUGAACAUCUUCCUUACCUUGGAAUGGAUCUAAUCAAAAGCAUCAUUUGCUGUUUAUUCCUGGAAUGCAUUGUGCUAAACAAAAUGUCGUGGUUGAAAGCUCUGAAUUCAGGGAAGCAGCAGGAAAGUCAAAUACCAAUGUAGGCUUGUUUUUCAGUGUGCCUGAUGUACUGAGCUGCAGUUAAGAGUCUGUUCUCUUUUCUUGUCCAAAGGAAGGACAGUACCUACCUCAUAGGAGUGACACAAGGGCUGUUUCAGGAGUGUUUUGAAAUUACUUGAGACUUGCACAAUACACUUCCAUGGAGACAGUGAGACAUACCACUUGUGUAACUUGAGGACAACUACAUAGAUUCAUCGUAUACAAGUUUAAUCCCCUCACUGAAUUUAGCAGCUUUACACUAAGACUUUUCUCAAAUACACAGAAGAAUUGUAAUUAACUUAGAGGAGAGUGAAGUCAGAAAGAUCUUUAUGUUUCUGCAAGAGUUUAUAGGUGGGCUAAAUAACAUUCUUCUGACAUUUUUCCAUUUAUCUCUAAAUUUUCCCAGGGAUUUUUUUUUAAUCAAGUAAUAAUAGAUGAUUGAUUGUAUCUAUACAAUCAACAGUCAGUUUAAGAAUGACUGAUUGUUUUGGAUGAUUAAGUUCAGAUGAUGUACUGCAACCAAAAUGUUAAAUUGACAUUUACUUUCUUACCUGCUGACUUUCAUUUCUAAAUGAGAUCAGAUCUCUUGAAAAUGGCUGCAGGUUUUUUGUAAAGUAAACUUGAUUUUUUUUUCUUAGUAUUGUGUAGUUUGGUUUUUUGGGGGUUUUUGUUUGUGGUUUUUUUUUUUUUAAAUAAAGCAUGAAUAUGGCACCAAAAAGCCUGAGUGGUUUGCUGGUGCUCUUUUCCUUGAUAAGCAACCUGCAGUAGCAAAUAAUGCAAAGAGUAAAAACAUGCUAUUCUUAAAAGGCUGCUUUUCUACAAGUGUAUUUGGAAUAGGAAUAAUAGUGAGGAAGUAUUCUGUGAUGUUUUGGACAAUGGACUAGUAUUAAGAUUAAAAUUCUUUAUAAGAAUAAGGGAGGGCCCUGGGAAAAUGUUGAGUAAAUUCUUGAAUCCUGAUCUGAGCCGUAGUCCCCUACAUUUCCAGAAAGAAUAACCUAUUGUUAAACUGUAGGCAGCAUGAAAAGGAUCUGUUAAGAUGCUUAAAGGCUGCUGAGACAUGAGGUUGUAAGAAGGCCAAAUACAUAUAGCUUUAAAGUGCAUGCCAUUGUCUGACCAAGCAAACAAUAUUCCAGGCAAUAAUACUGAAAGUAGGAGUUCAAGCAGGUAUACUGCAUCCAAACAGAAGAAGGUGGUAAGCCUUGCUGGGAAAAAAGCUAAUGAAAGCAAACCAAAAAUGGCUUAAAAAUAAGGGAUACUGAGAUUCCUAUAUUUGUGAACUAUGUCUGUGGAUCAAUAAGGGAAAACUUAAAAGCAGAUGUGUUUAAUAUGUAUUUUUAGCUCCCAGAGAACAUAAAAAUAACUCUUAAAUUUGAA